AUGAAAAAUUCGCUAAACAUUCCAUUUGUACAUAUCUUCACCCUGGCAGCCUUCGGCUUGGCUAAGAAACUCCCUAAAGCACCCACUAUCUCUACUGCUCUUGAAACAGUAGACGCUCUGGUUGAAGAGGUAGCCACUUUUGUGUGUGUGGUAGAGGCUUAUCCCCAGGCAGAAGUUACCUGGACCCGUAAUAACAUUCCUAUCAGGCCCUUUGACACGCGAUAUAGCAUACGUGAAAAUGGGCAGCUCCUCACCAUUCUGAGCGUGGAGGACAACGAUGACGGGGUGUACUGCUGCACUGCAAACAAUGGAGUAGGAGUACCAGCAGAAAGCUGUGGAGCACUGCAGGUGAAAAUGAAACCCAGAAUAACUCGUCCACCUUCCAAUGUAAAGAUAAUCGAAGGUUUAAAGGCUGUUUUUCCAUGUACUACUAUGGGGAAUCCCAAACCUUCAGUGUCAUGGAUCAAAGGAGAAAACGUUAUAAAGGAGAGUACUCGGAUUGCCAUUCUUGAAUCGGGCAGUUUAAGGAUUCAUAAUGUUCAAAGAGAAGAUGCUGGCCACUAUCGAUGUGUGGCAAAGAACAGCCUUGGAACAGCCUAUUCAAAACCUGUAAUUCUGGAAGUGGAAGUUUUUGCUCGAAUCCUAAAAGCUCCAGAAUCUUACAAUGUCAGCUUUGGCUCUGUGGUAACACUGCGGUGUGCGGCAACAGGCAUUCCAACUCCUACUGUAACAUGGCUUGAAAAUGGAAAAGCUGUCUCAGCGGGAUCCAUAGUGGAAACAGUAAAUGACAGAAUGAUUGAUUCUCGGCUGCAAGUUUAUGUCACUCGACCUGGCUUGUUCACUUGCGUAGCCACCAACAAGCACAGUGAGACAUACGGCACUGCAAAAGCUGCAGCCACUAUCAAUGUAUCAGGUAUCAGACUCUACAAGGGUGACACAGGCUACUGCAGCACCUACCGAGGAGACGUGUGCAGCGCUCUUCUGGCAAAGGAUGCCCUUGUUUUCUUCAACUCCUCCUACGGGGACCCAGAAGAGACCCAAGAACUGCUUGUCCGCACAGCUUGGGCAGAACUGAAAACAAUGAGUCCUUUUUGCCGUCCUGCUGCUGAGUUGCUCUUGUGUCACUACAUCUUCCAGGAGUGCAAUCCUUCCAGGAUAGGACCUUCUCCAAAACCUGUUUGCAGAGAGCAUUGCCUUGCUGUAAAGGAUCUCUACUGCUUUAAGGAAUGGCUUUUGAUGGAAGAAAAUGCCCGCAAGGGGAUCUACAAACCAGGACUGAUGCUUCUUACCCUGCCAGAAUGCGACAGACUUCCCAGCAUGCACCAGGACCCCAAGGCUUGCACAAAGAUCCCACAUUUUAAUCUUAAAAAGGAAGAUAUAACCACAACUUGCUACAAAGGCAAUGGGCUAACCUACCAAGGUUCGGUCAAUGUCACAGUGUCUGGCAUUCCUUGUCAGAAGUGGAGCGAGCAGGCACCCCAUUUACAUAGAAGAACCCCUCAAAUUUUCCCAGAGCUCUCCAAUGCAGAAAACUAUUGCCGUAAUCCAGGAGGUGAAGACGCACGACCCUGGUGUUAUACAACGGACUCCUCUGUAAAAUGGGAAUACUGCAAUGUGCCACUUUGUGGAGAUGAAUCAUUGUCACAAGGAACCACAAAGCCGAGUGUAGAGACUCCACACUUCCCUUCUUCCUCGGCUUUGUCCCCAGCAUACUCCAUGACGGUUAUUAUCUCCAUCAUCUCCAGUUUUGCAAUGGUCAUCAUUGUCAUUAUAAUUGGUCUUCUCUGCUGCCGAAGGCAUAAGCGGUGGAAAAAUAAAACAAGGGAGUCAGCACCACCAGCCCUGACGACACUUCCUUCUGAGCUCUUACUGGACAGAUUGCACCCAAACCCCAUGUACCAGCGCAUGCCUCUGCUCUUGAACCCAAAGCUGCUGAGCCUGGAGUAUCCACGAAACAAUAUUGAAUAUGUAAGGGAUAUUGGAGAAGGAGCUUUCGGACGGGUCUUUCAAGCGAGGGCCCCUGGACUACUUCCUUAUGAACCAUUCACUAUGGUGGCAGUGAAAAUGCUGAAAGAAGAAGCCUCGGCAGACAUGCAGGCAGAUUUUCAGAGGGAAGCGGCUCUCAUGGCUGAAUUUGAUAAUCCAAACAUUGUCAGACUUUUAGGGGUGUGCGCUGUUGGAAAGCCGAUGUGCCUGCUGUUUGAAUACAUGGCCUUUGGAGACCUCAAUGAAUACCUGCGCAAUCGAUCGCCACGCAGCCUCUAUAGCCUGAACAACAAUGACCUUGACCUAAGGAUCAGGCCGGCCAGCCCUGGAUUUCUUGCUCUUUCUUGCACUGACCAGCUGUGCAUUGCCAAACAGGUGGCAGCUGGCAUGGCCUAUCUCUCAGAACGCAAGUUUGUCCACCGGGACCUGGCCACCAGGAACUGCUUGGUGGGAGAGAACAUGGUGGUUAAAAUUGCUGACUUUGGUCUCUCCAGAAACAUGUACUCAGCAGACUAUUACAAAGCAAAUGAAAACGAUGCCAUUCCCAUACGAUGGAUGCCCCCUGAGUCCAUCUUCUACAACCGUUACACAACCGAGUCUGACGUUUGGGCAUAUGGGGUGGUCCUGUGGGAGAUCUUCUCCUUUGGCAUGCAGCCCUAUUAUGGGAUGGCUCACGAGGAAGUCAUCUAUUAUGUGAGAGAUGGAAAUGUCCUGUCGUGUCCCGAUAACUGCCCUUUGGAGUUGUACAACCUCAUGCGUCUGUGUUGGAGCAAACUGCCUUCUGACAGGCCCAGCUUUGCAAGUAUCCACCGUAUUCUGGAGCGCAUGUAUGAGAGAGCAGUGUCUGCUGAUCAGGCCUGA